AUGUUUUUAUCUCUCCGAGCUGCGGUAUUAUUAGCAGCGGGCGAGGAGGCUCCGGGGCGGAGGGGGGCGCGGGGAGGGGGGAGGCUUCGAGGGGGACCUGCGCGGACCGAGGGGCGGAGUCUGAGCGAGCACGCCCCGCGGCCCCCGGGUCCGUGGAGGGGAGCCCGGGCCCCCGUCUUCUAUUUACUCUUUCAAUCAGUGCGAGUGUUUGCCCCUGGCCGGCGUGCACGCGCGGGUGAUGCGCUAGCCAUGAUCUCGCAGAAGCUGUCCUACGGCGACGUGCCGACGUCCACGUCGCUAUCCUCACUGUCGCCGGGCCUCGCGCCGCCCUACGUGAACGGCAUGGGCUGCAUGCCGGCGCAGCCCUACCCCAACCUGUACACCAACAACAUGGUCGCCGGCGGGUCCUGCAUGGUGUCGCCCGGGGUCGGCUACUCGCCGCCCAGCACCAUGGCCUCCUGUAUGGGCGGCGGAGGAGCCGUGCCCUACGGGUCGCUGCCUCGCGAGCAGGAGGCCGCCUCGCCGACCUCGGCGCUGCAGCGAGCCCGCAACGAUAAGACCUACCGCCGCUCCUACACGCACGCGAAGCCGCCGUACUCAUACAUAUCACUCAUAACGAUGGCCAUCCAGAACAACCCGUCACGGAUGCUCACGCUGUCCGAGAUCUACCAGUUCAUCAUGGACCUGUUCCCCUUCUACAGACAGAACCAGCAGCGCUGGCAGAACUCGAUCAGGCAUUCGCUGUCCUUCAACGACUGCUUCGUGAAGGUGCCGCGCACCCCGGACAAGCCAGGUAAGGGAUCGUUCUGGACGCUGCACCCGGACAGCGGGAACAUGUUCGAGAACGGCUGCUUCCUGCGGAGACAGAAACGAUUCAAGGACGAGAAGAAGGAGUCGCUACGACAGGCGCAGAAGGUGGCCCAGGGACACGGCCACCACGGCGGACACGACAAGCGGGAACACUCGCACGAGAAGAGCGGCGGCGCGGGGCCCGGCGAGGAGAAGGAGAUGAGGGACGAGCUGCUGGCCCAGCUGCACGCGGCGCCCGAGCUGUGCCUGCCCGAGCACACGCCGCUCUCGCUGGAGCACUACGCGCAGCUCAAGCAGGAGCCCACGGGGUACGCGCCCGCGCCUCACCCGUUCAGCAUCACGCGCCUGCUGCCCGGCGCCGACACCAAGUCCGACCUCAAGAUGUACGACGUGAACUACGGCUACGGCCACGCUCCCGACCAGUACUACCAGUCGCCGCUGUACCACCACCAUGCGCACGCGCACGCGCAGCCUCCCUUGUGA